GUCCUAAGGCAUCAGUACAGUUGCUAUAGUUAGCUGUAGCUAGCGAAUAAAGGGAUUUAACUUUAAAACAACGCGUUUUUAUUGAGGCAAAAUGCCUCGUUUCGCACAGCUCGUGAUGGGCCCGGCGGGCAGCGGGAAGAGUACGUACUGCUCCACCAUGAUCCAGCAUUUAGAGAGCCUGAACCGCUCAGCGCAGGUGGUCAACCUGGACCCAGCAGCUGAGUACUUUGACUACCCUGUCAUGGCAGACAUCCGUGAACUCAUUCAGGUGGAUGACGUGAUGGAGGAUGCCUCUCUCAGAUUUGGCCCUAACGGAGGCCUGGUGUUCUGCAUGGAGUACUUCGCCAAUAAUUUUGACUGGCUCGAGGAGAGCCUGGGUCACGUAGAGGAUGACUACAUACUGUUUGAUUGUCCAGGUCAGAUUGAACUGUACACACACCUCCCUGUAAUGAGGCAGCUGGUGGAGCAGCUCCAGCAGUGGGAGUUUCGGGUGUGUGGGGUCUUUCUGGUGGACUCCCAGUUCAUGGUGGAGUCUUUUAAGUUCAUCUCAGGAGUGAUGGCUGCCCUGAGUGCCAUGGUGUCGUUAGAGAUCCCUCAAGUAAACAUCAUGACAAAAAUGGACCUGCUGAAUCCCAAGGCCAAGAAGGAGAUUGAGAAGUACCUGGACCCAGACAUGUACUCAAUGAUGGAAGAUAACUCCGAUACCAUCCGAAGCACAAAGUUCAAGAAGCUGACUUCAGCCAUCUGUGGUCUGAUUGAUGACUACAGCAUGGUGAGAUUCCUGCCUUUUGACCGCACAGAUGAGGAGGGUAUUAACAUAGUACUGCAAAACAUUGACUUCUCUAUACAGUAUGGAGAGGACCUGGAGUUCAAGGAGCCAAAGGAAACUGAAGAGGAGCCUGCUAACCUAAAUUAUGAUGAAGCUUUUCAAGACAAAGGGGACAGCUGAGGAGUCGUGUGACUCCAGGGAUACUGAAUGAAGGGGUCAGAGUUGAAACAGAAACAAAAAACAUUUUGAUAAAGAACCAGGAUACACUGUGUCAAGUCCAGAUGAAGAAUGGCACGUGAAUACAAGGACAAUAAAAAGGGACAUGUUUGUGGAAAAGACUGACUGAAGAUCGUGGACAUUUUGUGUAAUGUAUGUUCUGAGGUUUUGUUCUUGCGUGUUGCUUUGAUGACUCCAGAAAUGUGUGAUAUGAGUCCAUUCAGGGCAGUGUAAAGUUUUAAAAGAGUUAUUAAAUACAUUUAUUAAUGCUGUAUUUUUUAAAUAAAAUAUUAGACAAAAUAUA